UGAAUCUUCAAUAUUUCCUUUCAGGUUCUUUCAAUUUUAUUUGAGAAAACAUCCAUUUUAUACUAGCUACAAACAUGGCAGGAAAAAUUGUUGUAUAUGGUGGAAAGGGUGCUCUUGGCAGUGUUGUGGUGAAACACUUCAAGGAACUCAAUUAUUGGGUGGGCAGCAUUGAUUUAGUGAACGUUGAUGAUGCCAACAUCAGCAUCGCUGUUAACAAGAAUGAAGAUUGUGAUACUCAAGCCAGUGCUGUUAUGAAGCAGCUCUCUGAAGCCCUGGCUGAUGGUUCUAAACUGGAUGCUUUCAUCAAUGUGGCUGGUGGAUGGGCUGGUGGCAAUGCUGCUUCUGAUGGCCUGAUCAGCAGUAGCGUACUGAUGUGGCAGCAGUCAGUCUGGUCUUCAGUCAUCACUGCUCAGGCUGCUGCUAAGUUCCUGAAGCCUGGAGGUCUGGUUGUGCUGCCUGGUGCUCAUCCCGCUCUUGCUGGCACUCCUGGUAUGAUUGGAUAUGGCAUGGCUAAAGCUGCAGUGCACCAGCUCACGCAGUCGCUGGCAGGGCCAGGAUCAGGUCUGCCUGAUAACGCUACAGCGCUCGCCAUCCUGCCUGUCACGCUCAACACGCCCAUGAAUAGGAAGUGGAUGAGCAAGGCUGACUUCAGCACCUGGACUCCUCUCGACUUUGUUGCUAAAACUUUCGAGGCGUGGGUGAAGAACGAACAGCGCCCAGCCUCUGGCAGUCUGGUGCAACUCAUCACAAAAGACAACGUCACGCAACUCAAGAUCGAAUGAAAAACUGUUGCAUGAUCAGAUGCUUUUCAUCAUCGCUUUUUCCGCUCGGCAAAUUUUUUAGUUCAAUUGUCAAUGAGUUACGCAAUAAAACGCUCAUUCUAUGACUGGCUUUAGGCCCCAGUUUGAUUACAGAUAUAAAUUUUAUAUUAAAUGCAAUAUGACAGUUGCUUCUUUAGUGCGGCACCAAACGCAAAUCAUAAUUUAGACGUUUCAUUUGUUCUGAUACAUACAAGAAACUUUGCAUCACAAAGUUGCGAUGCUUUUUAUGUUCAGUAUUACUUUGCUCAAUGUGUUAAAUUGGUUUUUACGUUGUAUAAAUUGCUAUUAGUUUCACGUGUGUGACCUAAGUGCCAUAAUGUUCACUUUCAAGUACGAGUGUAGGUUUAUACUUGUGUACGUACUCUUAUUAUUACUCAUGUGUAGUAAUUCAAUUUACCGUUUCUUUAUAGUUUUAUCUUAUAUGCUCUCUAGCGUUCAAAUAACUUUUUGUGAGACAUAUAUUUGUUUUAAAUAUCAAAUCGGAACAGAGUCUCAUCGAUACUUCUUAUUUGUUAUCUUGCUAUGGACUUACUCAGCGCCAUGUCUUGAAACACGUUAGUUAUAAGGUUGGUUAUAGUGAACAUUAAGCCUUCACGAUUAAUAUCUACGCUAGGAACUGGACUCGUACUAGAUGAAGGGCAUAAACAUGAAAUUACGGUAUAUCCUAUAUGAUUAAUGUAAUACUCUCACAUUUAAUUAGGCAUUUUAUUGUUUUUCAACAGUUGAGCAGUUUCAGUUUAUUAAUGUUUAUGAUUCAUUAAUCGUAAUCAAGCUAACUGUAAACGCAUGUGGCAUUAUGUUUAAAUAUUAAAUCGUUUAUUCAUUAUAGCUACUGAUACGCGAAUUAAAGGUAAUUUUUUAUUAGGAAACCGAAUUUUCAAAGUUCUAGAAAAAUUUAUAGCAUGGUUGUGAUGUUGUGCCAAUACAUUCCUUGCUUGGUCUCUGCA